CUUUAUAUAUAAACUCGAUUCACAGAGACGAGAGUUUAAGCAUCAACCCAUGGCUUCUCCGUUUCUCGGACCACCGUGCGUUCCUUACCCAUGUCCACCACCUCCGCCGCCGGUCUUGCAAUUCGUAUUUCCCGUGCCGCCGCCGCCAUCUCCAUCUCAUCAUAUGUCCCCGUGGCUGGUGGUCGUCCUUGUUUUGUUGGGCCUCCUUCUAUUUAUAGUAGCCUCGGCAGCCAUGAUCCUCUAUUGCUUGCGAGCCAAGAGACGGCGGGAGGCAGCAGCCGAUGAAGAAGUGAUGCGGCAAUCAACUGAUGUUCCCGGCGAGCUUCGGCGGUCUGAGCUAAGAUCAGCUCCCCCGCCAGAUCCAAGGCAAUCAGUCCGCGCCGAAACUAGGGGAUCCCUAAGGAAUCACAUACGCAUAGUGUUUGCGCUAAGAGAUUAGAUACGGUAGAGAUCGUGUCCGUUUCUUACUUCUCAGACAUGUGUAAGCAAUUGGAACUCAAUUUUACAAUGUGGUAAUAGAAUUUCUUCUUCUUUCAAAAUAUUCAUCGUGAAUGUACGAUCAAGAUCAUGAAGACUAGGGGGAAAUCUAGGACAAAGCAAUCUCGGGGG